AUGAAAGUUGCUGAGGAUCAAGUUGUUGAGGAUGAUACAGGUUUCCAGGAUGACGAGGAGUCGUUUUUUCAAGACAUUGACCUCCUACAGAAACAUGGGAUCAACAUGGCGGACAUUAAGAAGCUGAAGUCGGUGGGAAUCUGCACCGUUAAAGGGAUCCAGAUGACGACGCGCAAAGCUCUGUGCAACAUCAAGGGCCUGUCGGAGGCCAAGGUGGAGAAAAUCAAGGAGGCGGCAGGAAAGAUGCUGAAUGUUGGAUUCCAGACGGCCUUCGAGUACAGCGCCAGGAGGAAGCAGGUUUUCCAUGUGACGACGGGCAGCCAGGAGUUCGAUAAGCUGCUGGGAGGAGGGAUUGAGAGCAUGGCCAUCACUGAGGCCUUCGGAGAGUUUCGGACGGGAAAAACGCAGCUUUCUCACACACUCUGUGUCACGGCCCAGCUGCCAGGAGAAGACGGAUACUCCGGUGGAAAAGUCAUCUUCAUCGAUACGGAGAACACCUUCCGCCCAGACCGGCUGCGAGACAUCGCGGACCGGUUCAACGUGGAUCAUGACGCCGUGCUGGACAACGUGCUUUAUGCCCGCGCCUACACCAGCGAACACCAGAUGGAGCUGCUGGACUUUGUAGCAGCAAAGUUUCAUGAAGAAGGCGGCGUGUUCAAGCUGCUGAUCAUCGACUCCAUCAUGGCUCUGUUCAGGGUGGACUUCUCCGGCCGCGGGGAGCUGGCCGAGCGGCAGCAGAAGCUGGCCCAGAUGCUCUCCAGGCUGCAGAAGAUCUCAGAAGAGUACAACGUCGGCGUGUUCGUUACCAACCAGAUGACGGCGGAUCCUGGAGCAGGAAUGACAUUUCAAGCCGACCCCAAGAAGCCGAUCGGCGGCCACAUCCUGGCCCACGCCUCCACCACGCGCAUCAGCCUGAGGAAGGGCCGCGGCGAGAUGAGGAUCGCCAAGAUAUUCGACAGCCCUGAUAUGCCUGAGAAUGAAGCCACGUUCGCCAUCUCUGGAGGAGGAGUUACUGACGCCAAAGAGUGAAGCAUCUGAUUAAUAUUUAUUAUCUUUUUUUAUUAUUUUAACCUCUAUUUAUUGGAUUCACAUCCAUAUAUUCAUUAAAAGUUGUUCAGUUGAUGUUGUACUGCAGUAAUUUUACUAACUGUUAUAUGUAUGCACUCAGUUGUGAUGUUUCACUUCACUGAAAGUUCAAUUAAAUAAUAAAAUGAGUUCAAUCUGGGAGUUUGAUCACUUUUAUUUGGAUUAAUAACCAGAAACGUCAGAACAAAUUAGUUACUUUCACAAGUAUGGAUGGAAAAACAUCAAACACUAUUACCAUUAUGGAAGGUGUAUUACUAUGCAUACAUAAAAUAAAUUAACAUGUUUUUCUUUCCUUUCUGAAGUUAAAUUAGACCGAAAUUCUCGUGU